UCUCUCUCUAUCUCGCGCGCUCUCUCACUGUCUCACUCUCUCACUGUCUCACUCUCUCUCUCUCUCUGCGGAAUGCGCACUGCAUUGAUGGGUGGGCAGAACGCCGGGCUUUUCAGAUAAAGCAGGACGAUCUCUGUUGCAUGCAAACUGUGACGAGAUUUUAUCACUGAUAGGGCAUUUUAUUUUAGACCUCUUCUGAGUUGUGCCAUGAGAGUCGCCUUUAAUAGUAUUUUUCUUUACAGAGAAAAAACUAUCCACUGAGAACUAAAAGCUAGCUUUGGCCGUCCCCCCACCCCCUUUCCAGUCUUGAAUAGCUCCAAUCCCCUGUGUAGUAUUACUCUCAAGGAGAGUGUAAGCGCCGAGUUGUUGACUCCGUGAGUGCACAAUUCUUUAAUCAAUUUGAGGAAAAUGGCAAAGGAUGACAAGAAGAGCGAAUGGAAGGAGUUCUUCUGGAACCCAAGAACCGGCGAGUUUUGCGGCAGGACCGCCGGCAGUUGGGGUCUGAUCCUGUUGUUUUAUCUGGCAUUCUACCUUUUCCUGGCCUGCUUAUUCGUUCUCACCAUGUAUGUAAUGCUGCAGACACUUGAUGACUACAGACCAACAUACCAGGACAGACUUGCAACUCCAGGCAUGGUGAUAAGACCUAGGGGAGAUCAACUUGAACUUACUUACACUAUCCAGUACACAGAGACCUGGGAAAGAUACGUUCAAGCCCUCAAUAACUUCCUGUCUCCUUACAGCGACUCAGUCCAGAGCCAGAAAAAUAUCGAGUGUAAACCAGAUCAGUACUUUAUCCAGGAGGACAGUGGAAGUUUGAAAAACUUUCCAAAGCGCUCCUGCCAGUUCAAACGCUCCAUCUUGGAAGAAUGCUCGGGUUCACAGGAUCCUUACUAUGGUUACGGCAAUGGAAUGCCCUGUGUCAUCAUCAAGAUCAACCGUGUUAUCGGUAUGUUACCUGGGAAAGACAAGCAGGCUCCUUUCGUCACAUGUGGUGCUAAGAAAUACAAAGUUGGGAAAGAUGACUGGGCUGAUGACUCGGAUAAACUCGGCGCACUGGAGUACUAUCCUCCCAAUGGCACCUUCAACCUCAUGUACUACCCUUACUAUGGCAAGAAAUCACAGGUAAACUAUUCCCAGCCUCUAGUAGCCAUUAAGUUCCUCAACAUAACCAAAAAUGAGGAUGUCAAUGUGGAGUGCAGAAUCAAUGCUAACAACAUUCCUGAGGGCAGUGAACGGGACAAGUUUGCUGGACGUGUUUCCUUUAAACUGAGGAUUAACUCCAUUGAGUAAACAGAAAGUGUUUUUAUUUGUUUUUCACAUGCACGCACACACAAGCACACACACCAUCUAACAAUCUAACAACUGCGCAGCAGUCACAAUGAGACAGGCCAUAAAUCCUUAGCACUGAAAGAGCAGAGAAUAAUGCAUUUAAAAUAUCAAAAUAAUCAUUUUUGCUGAAAACCCCAAAGACUGACAGCAUUAGCGAUUUUGUGGAGAGGUAGCAUGCUUGUGUUGUUGUGUGUAUUUCGGCGUGUACUGUACAUCAGUGUGUACUCUAAAUAUGCUGGGUCAAAAAGGGACAAACCCAAUCGUUGGGUUAUAAAUUAACCUACGCUCAGCUGCUUCAACCAAAAAUGUUGCAUUAUUUCAACCCAAGCUUGGGUCAAAUAUAGACGUUUUCUAGGUUAAUUUAUAACUUAACACUUGUCCCUUUUUACCCCAACUACAUGUCAAAAAUAACUGAGCAUUUUUAGUGUGUAUAUGUUUGCAUGUGUGAAUUAAGAUGUUAUUUAUUUUCAGAAAUGAAAACUUGAAUUGCAUGCUCAGUAGGGAGAGCUAUUAACAAAUAAAAUUAUAUAUUAUUAUAACGAUAUAAAAGCAAAAAGAGGUUUCAUUUUGUAAAGUGGAGAAAAAUGAAGCACCUGAUAUGAGAUACAAUGUUGCUGUCAUGUGCAUCUGUAAGUUAGGAGAUGAAUUAAGUAUAUACAGUACUUUAAAAAUGAUUCCAGAGGAAAUGUUACUGGAAUGAUCUUGUAUGUGUUUGUGUCUAAAAUCUUUUGUUUGCAUGUGUGUCAGUUCUGAAGAGUCCAACCCCUCCUCCAUCUGUUUUAUAGCUAAAGACAACAUUUUACACCAACUUGUAGAUACGGCACAUGAUAAACAUCAGCUAACACUCCUCCCAAUACACACACACACACAGGUUAAACACUGUUUCGUUCACACAAACAUUUCUGUAUUCCUAUUCAUUUCUGCACUUCUGUCAGUUUGUACUAUUAUAUAAUGAAGUGUGUCUACAUGUUUCAUUAUCAUGAGGAGUGUCUAUUUAAGUUUGUUUAUAUAUAAAUAAGUCUUUUUUGCAUGUGUUAUCCAUGGUGAGGGUAUAUGACAUUUUGUAUUGAUUCUAACUGAUGGCUUAUAGAUGAUAGCCGGCAUCUACAGGUACAAAAAUGGGUUGAAAAGUGUGUUUGAGAUGUGUGUAAGAAUAUGUGCGAAUUCCUGCAUGUGUGCAGUUGGAUUUAUUUGAAUUUGUUUUUUGUUUCAUGUUAAACAUCUUUGUGCACAAUUUACUUUUGAGUUUAUUUUUGAAUGUAAUCUUAAUGUUGCAAAUACGUAGACAUAGCCUACUUUUAACGGCAGGAACAGAAGGCUUAUGUUUCUGCUGAUAAGAAAGGCUGAAGUGAAAACAAACAGGUCCUCACUUUGCAUGAAUCAAUAAAACUAAUAUCACCCA